AUGAUCAGUUUGGGCAGUAGUGGUAAUAAUAGUGACGCGUUGCAUGUCACUAUACUCACAUGUUGUUACCUACUUAUUGGCGGUUGGGCGCUCCUAGCUACAUUCCAUAUACUUGGUAUUGCUUAUGGCCUAUACAAAUUCCAUCGAAAGCCAUCACAUAGUAAUCUCAAAGAAAUGCCAGGCGUUUCCAUAAUAAAGCCAUUGACAGGAAUCGAUGCAAAUCUAUAUGAAAAUUUAAAAACAUUUUUUAAUCUGCAAUAUCCUCGUUAUGAAAUUCUUUUUUGUGUACAAGAACACGACAAUGAACUGAUUGAUAUAAUCGAAAGACUUCGUGAACAAUAUCCACGUGUCGACUCACAAUUAUUUGUUGGUUCACAAAAGUUUUUAUCCGGUGAUAAAUUAUCCAAAAAUGGAACGAUGGAUAUUAAAAAUCCGAAAAUCUACAAUAUGCUACCUGCAUAUGAAAAAGCUCAAUAUCCAUUUAUAUUAAUAUCGGAUAGUGGUUUAAUGAUGCAUGAAAAUACAUUAUAUGACAUGGUUGCGUGUAUGACAGAUAACGUUGGUCUUGUUCAUCAAAUGCCAUUCACAUGUGAUAGAAAAGGCUUUGCGGGAUCUGUUGAAAAGGUUUAUUUCGGUACUCAACAUGCACGUAUGUAUAUGACUAUCAAUUUAAUUGGCAUAAAUUGUGUUACUGGAAUGUCAUGUUUAAUACGUAAAGAAUGCAUUGAUCGCGUUGGUGGCCUACGAGCUUUUGGUCAUUAUAUCGCCGAAGAUUAUUAUAUUGCUGACGAAGUAGCUAAACAAGGUUGGAAAUUACGUGUUGCAUCAACACCGGCACAACAAAAUUCAGGCGAAUAUUCCGUAUCAACAUGGAUUGAUCGAAUGAUUCGAUGGUGCAAGUUGAGAAUGCGUUUAAGUCCAUUAGCUUAUUUAGAGCCACUACAAGAGUGUUUCUCAUCAGCUAUACUAGCGGGUAUUGUUACAAACUAUUUAUUUGAAUGGAAUGCUCUUGUUGUUGCUGCAUGCCAUAUUUUAAUAUGGUUUAUUCUUGAUUAUCUUAUGCUUCGAAUCACACAAGGUGGUCCACUUCCUUUUUCAAAAUUUGAAUUUGCUAUAGCUUGGCUUGUUCGCGAAUUCUCAUCAUUCUACAUCUAUUUUAAAGCAUUCACGGGUUCAUCGACGGUUAAAUGGCGCGGCAAAGAAUAUCGUCUUGGUUCUGGUACACGAGCUGAAGAUCUAUCUCCAUUGCCUCUACCACCACCGGCACCUUCUCUUCUUGUUGAAUCGCCAUCAUCCUCAUCUUCGUCCUCGUCAUCAUUAUCCUCGUCAUCGUUAUCUAAUUCAACAUUGCCAGUGACUGGAUCACAUCUAUCGUCAUCGUCAUCUACAAAGCAAUCAUCUCAGCUUGUAUGA